GCGCGCAUCAGAGCGAUCUGUAUUGCUUAAAGUUGAAGUAAGCAGAGUCGGAACUCACUUGAAAUAGCAUUGACUUAGGUAGACGCUUAGUGGACACAUCUUUUUUUCAUAUAACAAAAAACCUCACAGGGUUUAGCUUUUUUCUGAAUUGUUUAUAGGCUACACAACGUUUUGGAUUUUCUCCCUGGAAUGAAACCAUGGAACUUAAACCAGCGUGGAAACUACGACUGCCUUGAAAUCUGGUCGCAGUCGUUCAAUGAAUUUUCCUCUCCAUCGUAGGAGAGUGCUGCGUAUAGGCUAUUCACGCAGACGGGAUACCGCAGAAGUCUCUGAGCGGAAUUACACCUCUAGUAGAAAAAAAACGGCUGCUGUCUACAGAAUUUGGUGGUACCUCUCCAGGAAACGAGAGUAAACAAAUUACACCAGGGUGUUUGCAGAAUAAACAAUAAACGCAGGGUAGAAAAUGGAGACGGUGAUGGAGAGAGAAUGCAGUGCGCUUGGAGGACUUUUUCAAACAGUCAUUGGCGACAUGAAGAGCAGCUAUCCAGUGUGGGAGGACUUCAUCAGCAAAGCUGGCAAACUGCAGUCCCAGCUCAGGACAACAGUGGUUGCCGUGGCUGCCUUCCUCGAUGCCUUCCAGAAAGUGGCCGACCUGGCAACUGGUAGCCGAGGAGGCACCAGGGACAUCGGAUCAGCCCUCACCAGGAUGUGCAUGAGGCACAGAAGCAUCGAGGCCAAGCUGAGGCAGUUCUCCAUGGUGUUCAUCGACUGCCUGAUCAACCCGCUGCAGGAGCAGAUGGAGGAGUGGAAGCGGGUGGCCAACACCCUGGACAAGGACCAUGCCAAAGAGUACAAAAAGGCCCGACAGGAGAUCAAGAAGAAAUCCUCUGACACGCUCAAACUGCAGAAGAAAGCAAAGAAAGCUGAUGUGUUUGGCCGCGGGGACAUCCAGCCACAGCUGGACAGCGCCAUGCAGGACGUGAGCGACAAGUACCUGCUGCUGGAGGAGACGGAGAAGCAGGCAGUCAGGAAGGCGCUGAUUGAGGAGCGCGGGCGCUUCUGCACCUUCGUCACCAUGUUGCGCCCCGUCGUGGAAGAGGAGAUGUCCAUGCUGGGAGAGAUCACCCACCUGCAGGCCAUUUCUGAUGACCUCAAGACGCUGACCAUGGACCCACACAAACUCCCCCCCUCCAGCGAGCAGGUAAUUAUAGACCUGAAGGGCUCAGACUACAGCUGGUCUUACCAGACGCCCCCGUCCUCUCCCAGCACCACAGUGUCCAGGAAGUCCAGCAUGUGCAGCAGUCUAAACAGUGUGAACAGCAGUGACUCACGCUCCAGCGGCUCCCACUCCCACUCGCCCACCUCCCACUACCGUUACCGUGGCUCCGCCCCGCCCCAGCAGGGCCCCGCCCGCCUGCCCAGCGUCUCCUCGCACGACUCCGGCUUCAUCUCCCAGGACGCCUACCAGUCCAAGUCCCCGUCCCCCAUGCCCCCCGAGACCAGCCCACAGCCCUCUUCUGAGUCCAGCUCGUCGGACGCCUCUGAGUCUGGUCAGCCCAGCAGCGAGGGCAGCCCACAGGCCCCUCAGGGGCCCACUCAGCCCAGCCCCAACACUGAUGGGGAGAAGUUAUCUAAUGGCUACGACCAUCACAGACCCCCCGACUCGCCCUGCCUGCGUGAGGAGUGCUCCCUGGAGCAGUACCUACCCCUCCCCCUCCCACCACCCUGCCCCUCCUCCACCUCCCCCACCACCAUCAUCACCACCACCACCCCAACCUCCCCCUCCCCGGGGUGGCCCUGGUCUCGCCCCAGCUCUUCCAUGAUGAGCGACUACCCCCCCUACUGCCCCCUGGUCCCGGGCAUGAUGCCCUUCUCCUCCAGAGUGCCCAGCUGGAAGGACUGGGCUAAGCCUGGGCCCUAUGACCAACCCAUGGUGAACACGCUGAGGCGGAACAAGGAGAAGCGUGAGCCCACAGAACCCACGAGCCCCCUGGCAGGAGAGGCCAGCACUGCUGGGGAGGACCCACAGAGACCCAGGACCAUCCACCCAACCAGUCCUCCUAAGCAGGAGGAUGCAGAGGCCCAUGAGGAGCUGGCCAUGGCCCUGAGCAGAGGCCUGCAGCUUGACAUCCAGCACUCCAGCCGAGACUCCCUCCAGUGCUCCAGUGGCUACAGCACCCAGACCAACACACCCUGCUGCUCUGAAGACACCAUCCCCUCACAAGUGUCAGAUUACGAUUACUUCACUGUGGGCGGAGAGCAGGAAGUGGACCAGCAGGACUUUGACAAGUCCUCCACCAUCCCGCGGAACAGUGACAUAAGCCAGUCUUACCGACGCAUGUUCCAGGCCAAGCGGCCGGCCUCCACUGCAGGGUUGCCGUCCAACGCCGGCCCGGUCAUCCUCACACCGGGCGUGGCCACCAUCCGCCGCACGCCCUCCUCCAAGCCCAACCUGCGCCGGCCGUCCGGAGGCGGCAUCGGGCCCAUCCCCAUCCGCACGCCCAUGGUGCCCGUCAAGACUCCCACCGUGCCCGAGUUCCCCGCCGGCCUGCCCUUCAGCGAGGAGAGCGAGACGUGUUCGCCCACCAGCCCCGCUGGGUCGCCCACCGCAACGGCCACCGGGGCAGCAAACACCAGCGGCAACAGCCCCAUGUCUUCGCCACCAGCUCACACUCCAGGCGUGGAGCCCCACGGCGACGCUAACGCAGAGGAGGCCGACACCCAGAACGCCCAGGGAGACAACAUGCUCCUGGCCAUCCGCCGGGGGGUGAAGCUGAAGAAGACCACAACCAACGACCGGUCGGCCCCGCGCAUCGCCUGAAACCCCAUCCCACCUACUGCAUAAGCGUGUAAGCAGUAAGGUGGGGAAUAGGGGUCUAAGAUGUAGCAAGAGUUUGUGUUGAGGUAUAACAUGACAUUCGUGUCCAUACCUGUAGCAGUAGGAAGUGAAAUAUGGGGUCAGGAUGAGGUGUCCUCAGAAAUAUAUGUAGGUCUCGGAGAACGGAGGGAUUGGAGCAUUUGAUUUUAAUAUUUCCAUGACUUUUCAGAUUAGACGAAAAAAGGCUCUGUCUUUGUUUUGUACAUAAAUAAUUCUAAUUAUAUUUUGAAGUGUUAUACAGUAUGUUUAUAUGUUUCUUUUUUGUCAUUGAUGCUCCAUUUGUAAUCCCCAUUUCUGAAAAAAAUGUGCCAAAAGCCUCAAAGCUGAGCGUUUUUCAAUAGUUUCAUUUCACUUAAUAGGAUUUAUCUUUUCUGUGAAAAUGCCAGAGAUUAUGAAAAAGUAAAGCAAUGACAAGAGUUAGGGUGGGCAAUCUACUAGAUAGAACUCUUAAAACUGAAAGAAAAGUGCACUAGAGAACAGCCAGAACUGCGAUAUGGCAUCAUCUCUUAAAUAUGUCCCUUAUAAAACUCAUUUGAUACGUUCCAGUAACGUGCAUGCCCAAUCUGAAAGUUUAUUGUGACCAGUCUUUUCUGGACACAUACUUUAAUUGCCUGUGCAGUGUCAGGCAGUAUUGUAAAUAGAACACACGGUCUAAUUAGUCCAGAAACACACAUUUGUAUGUUUCAACUGAAGUCUGGGUAAGACGCAAGAGUGUGUGAGUGUCUGGUGGAGAUUGAGUAUACCUUUUUGCCCUUCAUGUCCAUCUUUGUAUUCAGUACACUACACUUCACUGGAGUGAUACACUUUGGCAAAAGCCAACGUGUAGAUAAACCCAAGGACGUUUGAAAGACAUUCAACCCAUGGUCAAACAUUUCUUUAAAGUUUUCAGAAAAGUCCUCUCUAAAAGUAAAAAUAUAUACAGUAUGUUUUUUCUCACGGUGAGCAAGAAUUUCUGUAGACAGUCAAUGUCAUGUCGCUUCACAGGAACUCCUUUUGUAACUUUGUUACAAUCAUGGAGUCAGCAGUGAUGCCAUACUCCCUUACUUCUGUUCACACUGGUGGUAUACACAUUUGGGUUUGGGGAGCUCCUUCAGUCGAAGCUUUGUGUUUUUAAAUAAUUCUUGAUAUAUAUUUUUGCCCUUAACUUAUUUCAACACAUGAAGACUCCUGCAAGAUCAGGAGGUCUACAAAGAACCUACAUUUCCCCAAGAACCACUGUAAAUCCACCAAGUAUUCAAAGCCAUUACCUCAUUGACGUAAGACUACAGCAGUCUAAAACAGUUUUCCCCAGGGAAGAGCUAGCUCAGCUACACUGUCGACAUGAACUUUUCUCACAAAAGUAUAAAGAAAUGUAUUUCUGCAUGUUGCUUUCAGAGUAUUAAUGCGCAUUACUUUAAAAAACAACUAUUUAUCCAAAUAAAUUCCCUCUUUCCCCCGCUCACCACAUCCCCAUUUUAGAGCCGUUGAAUAUAUUGUGCAGCGACUGAGGUCUGUGCUGUUGUCCCAGAAAAAGCAGACCUCUAUAAUGUGCGUAGAACAGAGUAGCUGAUGCGACAUGCAUAUGACGCUGACAUUAUUGACUGUCUGCACCUGUGUGAUUUCCUGUCUUGAUUACAACAUAAGUGGUUUAUUAUAAAUGUCAAACAACUCUAGCUGUAACUAUGUGUUGUUUUCUUUUUUCCAGAGUACAGCUGUUUAGAUAAGUUGCCAAAAUGUUACCUUUGUAAAAUAACCCAGAUGUUCAAAACGCAUAGGUUUGGUGUUUUUAACCCGUUGUUGAAAGCAGAUGGUCAAACUUCAGGAUUUCUUAGACACUGUUGCUAAUGCUUGCUUCAGUACCAUGUCUGUGUAUGAAGAGUUGACUUUUUGUUUAUGUUUUAUAUCCUGUCUCCUCUGACCUAUCAAAGAUGGUUCCUGUUUAUGUAGUUCUAUCCCCUCUCUCUGUCAAACAGUUUUCAGCUUACAAUAAAGGUGUUGAAAAGAAAA